AUGGAUACCAUGGGAACAAUCUACGAGCACAGGAGCAGAAGCGUCGCGAGCAACGGACACAAGGGCGCCUGUCCCUUCGACAUGAGCGACGAGGACGAGGACAACGACAAGGGAGACGCGCCGGGUAGAGUCGGUGGUGGGUUCAGAAGUGUCGGUACGGAAUCGAGUGAGGCUGGCCCAGCUGAAAGUGGCAAGCGGUCGCUCCCCGCAAAUGGCGGCGCAACCUCCUGCAACGCACCCAACCGCCGAACCUCGCCGUGCGCCCAACCAAACGAUCAUGGUUCGGCGAACGCGAUGGUGCGCGCCCGCAUGCUCCUAGACAUUGCGGAUAUUGUACCCUGGGGCAUGGCCAACAGGCAUUUGGUAUCAGCGGCGGACCUGGGCUUGGCCACCCUUCUCAAUGUAGCCGCCCAGGCUUGUCCGGAGAGCGUGGAGGGGGGCGGGGGGGUAGCGGCAGACGUCGCCGCCGGCGGAGAGUCCGUGGACGAAGAAUUCAGCACCCAAGGUUCGAUGGGCAGCCAAUCUGAGCCCGGCAGCGUAAUCGGGGCGCUGGCGAACGGGCAAGCGAACGGCAGCGACGCCUCUUCCGCGAACAACAACGCCGGCGUCAUGCCGGAGCUCAGCCGCUUGGCGCCGACGGGUUUCCUGCUACCCCUCGUGGUCGGCGCGACGGCCGUCUUGGCGGAUCUAUCGGUAGCCUCGUUGAGGUCGCUGCACCAGCUCCUCUUGGCGUUGCGCUUGCUGGACCUGGCUACUUUGGAAAGCUCCGGCGAAGGGGACGGAGCGGCGGCCAAGGCGACGGCGGGGGCGACAACCCCCCCCCGGGAAUCUCCUUCCCAUCCCUACGCGGAGCUCACCGGCGCCCUCUUGCUCGUCGUCGCCGAGUGUCAACCUUUCUGUAGCGACGGCGUGCCCGCACGUCAUCAUCGGAAAGGAAAAGCUCCGGAUCGGAUAUUCGGGGACGGGGUCAACGAACAGCCGACGGGCUCUCAGCAGCCCGUGGUGGGGACCGAAGUCGCCGCCAAGGUUCACGAGUGCUUGCUCGCGGCCCUACGCGUUCUGAUCAACGUCACCCACCACGACGCGAGGGUCUGCGCGGAGGUGGCUGCGAAGAGGGGUCUCGAGGCGCUCAUGCGGUGCCUUGCACGCAGCUGUUGUGGGAGCCAGGGGGGCGACAGCGAUGGCAGCAGCCGUGGCCCGUUGAUUGUUCGUGCUAAGUCGGACGUGGACCUACUGGGGGACGUGGUGAAUGAAGCUAAUGAGACUAUACCGGAGACUGGUUUGGAAGAAGACGGGAACGGGGAGGAAGCUGGCUCUGGAGCGGGAGACUUCGACGCUCAGGUAUUAGCUAUGAGCGCGCUGAUCAACUGCGUUGAGCUCAAGGAGAGCGCCGACAACUGCGCCGCCAUGGCCAGCCUAGCGGUACACCCGCCCGAUGCUUGGGCGGCAGGCGGGAAAGCUUUUGCAGGAGACAGUAAGAAACAAUGGCGGCCGCUUCCUGGCGUGGGGGAUGGCAGGUGCCUCGCUCCAGAGUUUCUGGCAAAGCUUCUCACCCUCUACACACGGAAUUUCGCCCACCAGCUGGAGGUCGACCGACCAGGGGAAAACGACGAUGAUGAGAGGCCAGUAUCACGCCCCCCUUCGGGGACAGCACAACAUGGGGGGGGCGUCAUGGCCGGCGGGUCGUCAGCUGCUGCCCCUGCUACGCAUUCGAUCCCCUCUCCUGUUGCGGUGACACCGCAGAAGGGUGACAACGGGGAGCAGUCGAUGAGCCACGCGGAAGGCACGGACCUCGUGCUCGGAGGGCACUGCGCUCUUUUGCUGGGACUGCUUGUUCGAGACCAAGAAAGAAACAGGCGGUUGGCGUUGCCCGUGCUUCCCAACGGGGAUCCAACGCUGAUUGUCCGCGUGUUGGAGGCUUUUAUGGCGCUGCAGUUCCAGGCAGGCGUGCUAACUGAAGAGUUAGUGUUGGCGGUGCAGGGGCUAGUGGAGGAACUAGAGGGGCUGGACGCGCUUCCGGCGGAAGAGGGCGACCCGUUUGAGCCAGUGGCCGACGAGGAACCCGCUUCUGUGGCCACCUGCCCUGCUGCUGCUGCUGCUUCUGUGAGCGCUGCCGCGACCACGCGACAACGACGUGGCCAAAAAAGACCUAGGGGUCCGCCAUCAAACAGAGAAAUGCCGCCGGUUGACGGGAUCUUGGCGACCCUGCCAUCGGGGCUGUCGGGAGUGGAAGCUGGAGGUGGAGACGACGGCAAUGCGAAUGAUUUUUCGUUGUCGGUGAAAAGUUCCCGGACGGCGGCGCAAGAAGAGAGCGCAUCGUCGUUGUUGAUGACUCAGCCACCUUCUGAGGACGCAACCCCGCCUCCGAAACGUUCGAAGCCGUCGGAGGCGUCGUCGCCCUCACCCCCGCUAGCUGCUGCAUCUGAAGAGGAGCGACAGGCCACAGCAACGCCCAACAAAAGCCCCAGCGCCACCAGCGAAUCGGCUGAAACACCGGCGUCUCGCAGCCAAACCCCGGGAUCAACCAAGAAGUCGCCGUCAUCGUGGCGAGCCGGGAUCACGUCUAUUGCGGAGCGGAUAGGGCUGGGGUUCCGGGGUAGGAGCGCGGCGGGAAGUAAGAGCUGGUUCGGCAGCGGGCCAAAGCUACAAAGUUUCCGCAAUCGAAGUGCCUACGGGAGCCAAACGUGGAGAAAGGCGUCCUCCCGGUCUCUGACUGGGUCGUCGCACUCAUCGCCCUCGUACGGCCAAGCGGGAGAGGGAGCAGCCGCGGAGCUAACAGCGGGACGGGGGGUAAAGCCAAGUCGCAAUGUCUUCGAAUUCUUGUCGGACGAAUCCGAGGUCGAUCUCCAAGACGCUUCGCCUGUUGGUGGUGCGGCGAGCGGCAUCGGGGGGGGUGGGGUAGGGCCCAGAAGCGACCGCAGUGGCGCGGUGGAGGCAACUGUCAGUGGUGCCGCGAACAGCAUUACGGGGGGAGGGGUGGGGUCAAGAAGCGGCCGAAGCAGCACCGUGGCAGCAACUGUUGGUGGUGCAGCGAACAGCGUUGCGGAGGGCAGCGUGGGGCCUAGAAGCGGCCGGAGCAGCAACGUGGCGAUAACUUCCUCGAGUUUCGAUAUCGAUAACUGGUCGGAUUCGUCCAACGAGAGCCCCGGGCGGCGCAAGCCUGGAGAAGAAGCGAAGGCGAAAGGGGCACGCGUCGCCACGUGCCAGUUGCAGGCGCUAGGGGGCAGCCGGGGGAGCGCCAGGGGUUGCGGUGCUCGUGGCGGCGGCGUUAGUGGCGGUGGAAGUACGGCGCGAUCUGUAUUCGACAGGCGUAGGAGACGCUCCCCAAGCCCAAGCCCGCCUCCCGCAGCCGCACCUGCGGCAGGGAGGAAUCACAAUGCGUCCAGAGGAGCCGCGGCUCCCAGCGGGUUGCCUGGCGUGGCAAAGGGGGGUAUCAAAACCGCUCCCGCCACCAGUAUUGCUAAGGCAAAGGGGGGGGUAACUUCCACGCCCACGGAGGAGGUUGGUGCUCGAGCCAAGCUGGGUGGUGAACACGGACGGAGUGCGGGCAUGUUGGGGCUCGCGAACGGUGCGCGGCCUACGGUGAACAAAGGAGACAGCGUGAGAGGAGGGCGGGUUGGAGGUGUCAAGCCGGCGACACGAAGGGUGUUAGGAGUAGAUGGGAGGAGCAAGGGCGGGGCGGAAAAGCCCGCAAGCCACAACGUGUUCGAGAUGAGUGAUGAGGAUGAGUCUGACUGA